UCUUAGCAAUGGUGAAAAGAGAACAAGAGUUGGCGGAAAUAGAACGAGAAAAAGAAGAGGAAGAAAGGAGACGUAAACGAGAAGCAGCAAAGAGAAGAAAAAGGAUGCUGGAAGCAGCAUUUGAUGGAGAUAAUGAUGAAAUUUUGCAAGUACUGAAAGAGGUAGAUCAGGAGGACACCAAGAUGGGGAUAAAGAACGACGAUAUCGGCAGAACAAUACGUGCCAAACACCAACUUGAAAUGGUGGACUGUACCGAUGCUAAUAACAACACCCCGCUAUCGGAGGCCGGUGGUGGUGGCCAUGCUGAUACCAUAAAAUUGCUCCUUGAAAAAGGUGCUGAUCCAAAUAGUCGUGGACAGUUUGAAAGAACUCCACUGUAUAGAGCGGCUUUCAGUGGACAUUUAGAGGCGGCAGAAACUUUGUUACAAUAUGGUGCUGAUCCAAGGAUUUAUGCUAAUGAUGGAUGUACACCUGAACAGAUAGCAUCUGUUGAGGCAUUGAAAAUUGUGCUUAGUGAGUGGGACGUGUCACAGACAGAGAGACUCCUUGAGAAGAUAGAAAAGGUCAAAGAACAAAGAAAAGAAGAUGAAAGAAAGAGAAGAGAGGCAGAGAUGGAAAAAUUGGAAAACAAAUUGAAAGAUGCCCAGAUGGAGCAUGACACAAGGCAGAGAGAAUUACAGAAAGCAUAUACAGAACUGAACAAGAGAAUAACAGAACAUGAUAAAGUAGUGGCAUCAGGAUCUGAUAAGUCAGAUAUUACAUUACAGGUGGUGCAUGACGCUGAGAAAGAUGUUGAGAUUGCUAGAAUCAAUGCCCAGCAAGCACAGCAGAAAUUAGAACAGAUACGAGUACAGAUACGAGAACAACAAUCAGCUGGAGAAAGCCAGGCUGAUAUUAUUGGUGUUGGGUGUAACAUUAAAGAACUGGAUGAAGUGUUGAUGCGAGAUGUUGGUGCUAAAAUAGCAACUGAUGGCAGGUGGCCUCUCAUCAUAGAUACUUCAGGUCGAGCAGUAACAUUUUUAAGAUAUCGUGAUACAAACUACCUGAAUGCAUUGAAUCCAAAGCACAUGGACAUUGACACAUUAAGAAAGGCUUUACUGGGUGCUCUCAGGUAUGGGAAGCCUGCUGUACUGGAUAUGAUGGAAGUUGACAUGUUUGAAACGGUUGCCAUGAGAAUGGAUGAAAUUCACAAAGGAUUGAUGGAGCUUAUAAUGAACAAGGAAAUUAUGAAAAAUGAAAAGUACCUGGUGCUGACGAGAGAAUCCGACGGUGACGAAUACAGUAAAAAUAAAUUCAACCAGGCUAGGGUGGACAAUUUUCGGUUUUUCAUUAUCACAAAACUCAAAUAUCCACCGAAUGAUCUCAUUGAAAAGACUUAUCCAAUCACAGUUGUUGUUUCUGUGCAGUAAUUUGUAUAAAAAGUCAAUUUGCUCGUUAUUUGCUGACAAAAUUUGAAGAAACACAGUCCUGUAUAAUGAAUUGCGCCCUCUAGUGUUGAAGCUGCUGUGUUGGUCACUUGUUGUCAUUGGUUAUUCAACAUACUGUGUUUGAGACUUUCAAACCAAAUGAACUUAUGUCUAUGAACGGAAUACUAAAGAUGGAAUGCUACACCCAUUUAUUUUUAGCGCAUAUGGCUGUAGUAAUAUUUUGUGUCAAAAUCUGUCUACAAUUAUUCGUUUCAGUAUGUGAAUUUUUUGGUUCAUUGUCAAUCUGUUUGAAAAAAAAAAGGUAAUAUACUGGGUACAUAAAAUGUCAUUUUAGCAGCAAUUUCCAUAAACCACAAUGAAAACUCAUUUGCUCGUUGAAAACCCACUAAAAAUAUUGCCUUUUUUAAUACUAAGAGAAAAGUACCAAACAGGGCCUUGUAAGACACUAUAUAUCUUUUUUCACCAUACAUGUAUGUCAUGGAGCAAAAUUUUGUGAUACUGUAAAAUACUAUUUUCGCUUGGAAUUAUUUUUCGCUAUUUUUGCUGAAGGAAUGAUUCAGUGAAAAUAAAAUCCAGCGAAUAUAACUUUUUUCUAUAUUUUACAUUCAACUCGUGAAAAUAAAUUCCAUACAAAACACCCAAAAAGUCUUUUCAGCGAAAAUUAAUCCCAGCUAAAAUAAAGUAAUUUACAGUAUUGAGAUAUUUCUAUAUAUAUCCUAAAACAUGCUAUUUUCACCCAUUUUGUACAUUGUUUUUCUCUGAACUGAGUAUGGUUACUCAGUGACAUGAAAUAUAAAAAUAAGGAAAAUGGCAAUAUUUUUUCUUCUGUGUAGCAUUCUACCUUGAGUGCCAUCUCUACAUCAUUGUAGCACUUCAUCAAUAGAGGGCACACCUAAAUACAAAAAUAGAUGAUUCUGAAUGUUUUCAAAUAAUCAUAGACUUAAUGAUUUUCUUCUGAUGUCAUCAAUUGAACUUCACACUGCUGCAUAAUGUUCAAAUUUACCAUGACUUAAUUGUCAAAUUUGAUUAUUCCACAAACUGCUUCCAAAUUAUUCUAGAAUAUUUUUCUUACCUCAAUAUGAAUUGACUAACUCUUUUGAGGACUAAAAGUGACAGUCACUGUGCAGUGUCCUGUUCCAUAUGGGUCUAAUGUCACAUUAUACAAUGUGUGUAAAAUCUGUUCAUUUGCACACAAUUUGAACCUGUUUGACAACUGUGAUGUUUUAAGAAACAUUAACAUUGCGAUACAGACAUGAUGCCAAUCACAUUUGGGGGUAACAUUUUCACCACCAGACUUUCUCGUCCAAAUGUUUCUGCUAUUUUUCCUUACAUUCUUCUGGAAAUAAACCCUAAUUUUGGAGCUAAUAGACACAAUUUGUGUCAAUUUUUAGUUUUUACUCAAAAAAUGUGGCUAUUUUUGUUCAAUUUUCUGAAGAAAAGUGCCAUCCAUAAACAGGGCUAUUUUGUGAAUUUGUGAUGGAGAGAGGAACUGGUGGUGAGAAGUUAACACACAAUUACUUUUGGAUUAUUACCAAUGUAUUUCAGAAUAUUUUAAAGUAAUUUUUAUUUCAUACUGUGAAUAUAUUAUCUUACA